AUGCGCCCAAUAGACCCGAUAGACCCCGACGCCGACCGCGCCAGCGUCAACAGCGCCGACAGCGCGACUCACGCAGGCGUACAACAGGCACUUCUCCGGCGCGCCUCCACUUCCUCCACUUCCUCGAUCAGCUCCGACGCGAGUCUGACCACCGCCGAGUCUCACCCCGCAUCAUUCCAGACCGCUAGUAUCGGGCACGGCAUCCCGCUCGACACUCCCAUCGUCUCCGCCAACGCUCCCAACCCCUACGACGCUUAUGCGAGUCGCGAAGAGCUCGCCCCAGAGCCGGAAGGGGACGCCGAGAUUCUCUCGACCCCGCGGCCAGGCUACUCCAACUUAACCCCGACGCUGCGAAAUGCUGCGCAGCUUCCAUCUCCGGUCGCUGUUCCGGAAAGCGAUAGGCUGUACCCGGGAGACGCGGACGCUGCCGCCUUUGCGGCGUAUGCGGCCACGACAGGACGACCAUUGACGAGAUCCAUUACGCUCGAGGAAGCCGAGCGGGCAACGAGAACACUGGAACAGGAGAAGGACGCCUUUGCGUCUACGGAAGGAAGUGCGUUCUCCUCUUCGGGACACUCGAGCCAUGCGCCGCAUGCGUCGGUCAGCUCCUCGCACGCGCCGCAUCCCCCGCCAACCCAGAGCCAGAAGGCGCGUGCGCCUGUCCAGGCUCUCUUUGCUGAACCUUCCUCCUCCUCUGCCCCUCACUACAGCGAACCGACGAACUACGGAACGACGAACGGAGAGCCAAGCAGCGGACCAGCAUUUACGGCAGCGCAUCCCUACACCCACCCCCUUUACGACGAGAGCCAGGCGACGAUCGCGAAUGCCGUGAACAUGGACGACAACCCGUACGGAUCCCGUACAGGGCUGGCCGGUACGCCGAUCAGCAUGGGCUUAUCCAACGGCUCGACGAACUUUGGCUCGACGAACGGUUAUCCCUCAGCGUACGGCACGACGUACGGCAACUCGACACGAACAUUCCAAGCGACGGAAGAGGAGAAAGCAGCCCUCGCGGAGGAGGAGAAGGACGUGCUCGUCGACAGGAUGGAUGUGGAGGAUCCGGGGCCGGGGCCGGGAUUCGACAGUGCUCUGCUCAACCUCCCCCCGCCGCCGCCGUUUGAUCUCCGCGUCGAAGGGUUGACGGUCGGAGUUCCGGUGGUCAGGUUUGAGAGACUCAUGAAUCUCAUGCAGGGCGACAUUCUAGGCGCGCUUAAGAAGCCCGUCCCGAAGGAGAACCGGAAGACAGAGAUUCUGACAGAUGUGUCCUGCGACUGCUCAAGUGGGGAGGUGUUAGCGAUCCUAGGUGGGAGUGGAAGCGGCAAGACAACGCUGCUGAACGCGGUCGCGCACCGCCUGAACGAUCUGCCCGUCAAGGAUGGCGGUGUGGCUUAUGUCGACAGUGCCGGCGAAGCUCUAUCACACAAGCAGGCAAAGCGCCGUAUUGGAUUCGUACGACAGCAGGACUAUCUCGUCGAGUGCCUAACCGUACGCGAGACGUUGACGUACGCUGCGCGCCUCCGUCUGCCCGCAGCCCUGUCCAAGGAGGCGAUCAAGCUCAUCGUCGAGCAGACGUUGGACGAGUUGGGCCUGCGCGAUGCGGCGGACACAGUGGUGGGCGGACCGCUCAGGAAGGGUAUUUCGGGCGGCGAGAAGAGGCGUCUGUCCAUUGGAUGCGUGCUCGUCACACUGCCGUCGGUGCUGAUUCUGGACGAGCCGACCUCUGGUCUCGACGCCUUCACCUCCUAUCUCCUUCUGCAGACGCUGUCGAAUCUGGCGCGGAGAGGGCGAACCGUUAUCCUCUCCAUCCACGCGCCACGAUCAGAUGCGUUCAACCUCUUUGACCGCAUCACGCUCCUGUCCAAGGGAAGAGUCGUGUACUCGGGCCUUCGUGACAAGUGCCUGCAGUGGUUUGAGGGACAGGGGUAUGAGCUCGAGCAGGGCGUGAACCCGCUAGCAGUGGGACGGCGCGGUCUGACCAGCUCGAGCGGCGUGGCGAGCUCGCGCUUCUCGUCGGGCUUCUGGUCCUCCUCCGGUUUCCUCGACAAGAUCGAGGAGAAAAUGCACAAGCGGGCGUCGAAGCGUGCCUCGGUGCUCGCGCACAAGGGCCCACCACCCGGUCGCAACCCCGCGACACACGCCGAGCUGACGCGUGUCUCGUCCAAUGUCGUGGACCAAAAACGCCCCGGUUUCUGGGGUCAGACCCGCGUCUUGACAGCCCGCGCCCACAGAAACGUGUACCGCAACGUACCGCAGCUGAUCGGUCUUGCGCUCCAGGGCAUCAUCUUAGGUGUCAUCGUGGGUGUGACGUACGUCAAUCUGCCCGAGACGCCGACGGGUAUCCAGUCGCUGAAGAAUGUGUCGUUCCAGCUCGUGCCCAGUGUGUUCUACCUGCAGCAGGUGUUCUGGAUCUACAAGUUCUGCAAGGACCUCGUCAUCUUCGAUCGUGAGCGCGAGGACAACUUGUACUCCGUCGUGCCGUACGUGCUCUCCGACUGGAUCUCCUUCCUCCUCCCUGCCAUCUUCGGGCCGACCGUGUACAUCAUCUUGGUGUACUUCAUUGCACAGUUCCGCAUGGACGACAUCGCCGCGCGGCUAUUCACCAUCAUCGCGUCGACUAUCCUGGUGCAGUGCACGACGCAGGGCCUGGCGCUGUUUUCGUCCGCGGUCACCCGGAGCUUCGCCCAGGCAUCCCUCAUCGGCAAUGCAAUCAACAUCUUCCAGAUCUUAUCUGCCGGAUUCAUGAUCGUAAACCCGCCUAACUACGCCGAGUGGAUCCGCUGGCUCUCGCCGUACUUCUACUCGUUCCGCAUCGUCGCAACGACGGUAUUCAAGGACCGCACGUUCGAGUGCGCGAACUGGUCCACGGGCGGUGGCGGCGCAAACCUUGAGCAGUGUCACGGCAACAAUGUCCUGCGGGGCUUCAACUUUGACCUGAAUAUCAACAUUGGCGCAUGGUUUGGCGGACUCGCCGCCUUCGCCAUCUUCGAGUAUGCGCUGUCCUGCGUCAUUCUGUCCGUGUAUCAUGCGGGCGGGGUGCGGCAUGCGCGAGAGAUUGACAGUCACGAUCGCGGAAAGAGCGCAGAGGUCAACCAGAGUCAUAUCCAGCGCUCCCGCAUCGAUGUCGAGGUCCGCAACCUGAGUCUGUCUUGGGACAGGCGGAAGCCGGCCAAGCCCGCCUCAAAGGUGAUUCUCGACGAUGUCUCGGCUGUCUUCCCGGCGGGUCAAGUCAGUGCCAUCCUUGGCCCCAGUGGCGCAGGCAAGUCGACCCUCCUCCAACUUCUAGCAAGCCGGAAACUGAAGGCUGGAGCCAUGGCGGGUUUCUACAGACAAGGCGACAUCCUCUUCGCUGGCGCUGCCGUUAAUCACCUGACGCAGAGCAAUGUCGCCUUCGUCGAGCAGGAGGACGAUUGGCAUCUUCCCUCGCUUACUGUAAGAGAGACGUUGAGGUACGCCGCCAUUCUUCGCUUACCAGCGGAUAUGCCGAGGAAGCAGAAGAUUGCGCGCGCAGAGACGGUGCUUCGCAUGUUGGGUCUCAAGGACUGCGCGGACUUGCCCGUUGGUGGCGCGCUGGUUAAGGGUAUCAGUGGUGGUGAGAAGCGCCGUCUGUCUCUCGCGGUACAGAUGAUCAACGACCCUGCCGUCCUGCUCGUCGACGAGCCGACAUCCGGUCUCGACUCGUCUAUCGCCCUUUCAGUGAUGCAAGUGCUGAAGGACAUUGCAUCCACCGGCCGCACAGUCAUCGCGACGAUCCACCAGCCGCGCUCCGACAUUUGGAAGCUCGCCGACAACGUGACUCUGCUCGCCAAGGGCGGCGUGGUCGCGUACAGCGGCAAGCGAGCCGAUGCCGUCCCUUACUUCACGAGCAUCGGGUGGCCGAUGCCGUCCGAGUUCUUCAACCCCGCCGACCAUUUGCUCGAUCUCGUUUCUGUCGAUCCCCGGUCAGCAACGCACGACGCGAGCAGUGCGCGAGUCCGGCGCCUGAUCUGUUCUUGGCGCUCCUCGGGUCAUAACAGUAAGGAGGUCGGAAACGAGCCCUCCGAGGCACAAGGCGAGGUCAAAUCCGGCAGCAGUACGACGCCAAUGCGCAUCGCGCUCCCUGUCACGCUGUCGAGACACUUCAAGAACCUGAUCCGCCAGCCUGAUGUCUUCCUGUCACGGUUACUGCAGGCCCCCUUCGUCGCGGCCCUGUUCAUCUUGUUCUACCAACGCUUGACGCACGGGCCCGAGGGCGCGCAGGACCGCAUCGGAAUCACGAUCCAGAGCACGGCGGCGCUCGUCUUCGUCGGCCUGCUCACUAGCAUGAGCGUGUAUCCCGCUGAACGCAACUUGUACCUGCACGAGUACAGGAGUUCGGCGCGGUACUCCCCCGCGACGUUCAUUGCCAUGUACACGCUCGUCGAGGUGCCCACGGAGGUGUUUGCGUGUCUCGGAUAUGCUGCUAUCAUGAACGUUGCCGUUGGCAUGCAGACCAGCGUGCGCAUCUACUUUGAGUACUUUGCGUGUAUCUGGGCGCUCGUGAAUCUGGGCGAGUCUCUCAGUAUCAUUGUCGCGAGCUGGGUUAACAGCGAGGGUCUGACGGUGACUAUUCUCUCGACGUUUGUCUCCUUCCUGUCGCAGAUCUCCGGCGUCGUGUCGCUGAACGUGCCGAAGUGGCUCGCUGCCAUAUCCUGGUUCACGCCGAUGAAGCCAGCAACCAAAAUCGAGAUCAUCAACGAGUGCGUCGGGCUCAAGUUCGACUGUACCUCGCAAGACAUCCUGGAUGGCAAGUGCAUCGCGCCGACUGGCGAGGCGCUGCUCGCGCUUUUUGACUGGGGAGACCUCCGGACUGCGAGAUUCACGGGAAUCUGUAUCGCGCUCGCUGUUGUUUGGCGCAUUGCGGCGUACUUCAGCAUUGGCGUCAGGGUGUGGAGCUACAGGUAG